UUUUAAUUUUAUGGUUAGGGUUUCGAAGGUCCUAUAAAUGUUCUGUUAUCCUAUAAAUAAACCAUCAAGUGUCAACAUAAACGAUCAUAAUAUACGUCUGUCGGUUAUUCACCAAUGCAACCACUGCAUUAGAAUUAAUUCACUUGAAAUCUAAGGUACAUGAUAAAUUAUUAAUUAUUAAGAAUUCACGUUGCUUGGUUUAUGCGACGUUUCACCUGAAUUUGGUUAUACUUGAAGCAUGUCUGAGUGUUAUCCAUUUAAAUCUGACCAUGGAUUGAUCCCACAGGAGAAUAUAUGGAACGAUUCGGAAUCCAUCGAAAAAACAAGCAUUCCCCAAUUUUCAAUAACGCCGCACGGAUUGAGUGAAAAUGAGUGCUUUGGAUCAGUUGGCACCGAAUACCUGGCAGAGUUGGAAGCUCCAAACGACAUAGCAUUCAGUGACUUACAUAAUCUGACUCUUGAACAAAAAAUUGAUUUGUCUGAAAAUGUUCACUUUGACAAUGUUGAAGACAGCAAUGCAGGAGCAGAUCUCAGUAAUCAAGUUAUUGUAUUUAAAGUGGAUGGUUCUGAUGAUUUGUAUGGAAUGCAGAUGGUGCAGGAUGAACAUGGAAAUAUUGAGAAGUACCAGUUUAAAUUUGGUACAAACGACAACGGCGAACUCGAGGCAAUACCUGACACCAUACAGCUAAUACCUAAUGAAGACACUGAUAAACCUGAAGAAACUGGGGAAUUUUUGGUACAAGAAGGCGGUCAGGCUGUAAUUCAAGUACCUGGUGCUCCAGAUCUUAAAGUCCUGGUACAAGAAGCGACUGCCGGCGAAGAUAUAUUAGAUACGGACGCGGCUCUCCAAAGUCACAGUGAAGUUCAAGUGGAAAAUCCUCUUGAUCAAACUGAUGAUCAAUUUGAAGAGUGCAUAGAUAAUGAACAAGAAAUCAAUAACUCUUUGGUGACAAAUAUUCAUAAUAUUAAACAAGAGCUGUUGAAUGAAGAUUCACAAGAUAACAUUGAAGAACUGUCGGAGGUUGUCUCACAACAAAACUGCAAAUUAGAAAACUAUGAGGAAUACCAAGCGGAUGAGAUAACUAAUCACAUUGAAAAUAUAUAUCAAGAUGAGGUCUCCACUGAAGCUGAACCUCAAGAAAAUUCUGAAGUAACGCAGUAUGAAGAAUACGAAGAAGUGUACAUACAGGGGCCUGAAAUGAGACUUGAACAAGAACAGGCUGAAGUGGAGAAUCACAUUGUAAGUGGAUUACAUAGUGAGUUGUCUGAGGUUCAUCAAAGUGAUAGCAUUAUUAUAAACGGUAUGCAUAUUUCGGCCGAUACAAAUUCUUUUCAGCAUCCAGAAACUCAGUCAAUAUUACAAACAGCCUUAGAAGAUCCGCCCAACUCCAACAUCUUAAAGCAGUAUGCAGCUAAAAUUAAUUCAGAGAACAAUGUAGACAGCAAAGUGCUGUACUACAUUGUGCAACAGGUUCCACAAGAAAAAGAGAAUGUAAAUAAUUCGAUAAUUUAUAAACCAUAUAAAACUAAUCCGCGUAGCAUCUUGAAAACUUCAUAUAGCGUCCCAGUGGUUGAAGAACCUCAAUAUGAUGCCAAAUUUGACAAGCGGUUUUUGAAGAGCAGGGAAGCGGUGCAAGCGAGAGUCCUCCACAAUUACAUUACAAAGACCACAAUACCCCAAGCACCAGUGCGCCAGCAGAGAUUACCGCGAAAACAAAAAAUAAAGCCAGUGAAUGAACGUGUUGACGAAGAAAUAAUCGUUGAGGAAGUCAUGGUUUCUUCCAACGGCGUCAUUGAAGCAGUGGAUCCGUUAAAGACUCGGCGAAAUAACAUACACGUCACUGAAUAUGUUGAACUGACCGACUCUGAAGACGAGGGCCACAAAUAUAAAACUGGCGCUGAAUCGGACGCAAGCGUUAUUGAGAUCCAUUCUGACGAAGACGUGGAAGAGUCGCCCAAAAAGAGGGGUCGACCACGGAAACCAGAAGUCGGCAAACCCACACCAUCAAAUGGCGCAGUUAAAAAGAAGAGAAAUAGACUAGUAGAAACUCAGGAAGUGAAGUGUCCCAGAUGUCCAAAAACUUUCCCCAACCAAAAUUGCCUAAACACUCACAUACAGCAUCACAAUCUUGAGAGUAGCAUGUUAUCACAGCAGUCAAAAUCCAAAACGGUGAUAGAAUACAAACACAAAUGCAAAGAUUGCGAGAGUACCUUCAAAAAUGCAAUACUGUUGAACAAGCAUAAAUGUAGCACAAGCGCUAGUAGCAAACCAGUCAAGAAAAUGGAAUGUACCGUAUGUAAGAAAAAGUUUACGGACAUUACAUUAUUUAACAAUCAUAAGCGGUCCCACAUUAAAGAAAACGUGUUGAAAUCCACCUCCUCGAUACGCGUAUCACCAGCUAAGUAUCCGCCAGACCGUUCAAAAAUUGAACGAUCAAAAAAGUCACCUGCAUUUAAAUGCGGAGAUUGCGCUAAAGCGUUUGCCACUUCAGAACUGUUAAGAUCUCAUUCACAAAUUCACAAGAAACUUUCAUGUUUAAGCUGCACAAAGACUUUCUCCUCUAAAAUUCUAUUAGACACUCACGUUCGAGAAAACUGCGUCAAGUACAAAUCACCACAAGGGAACAGGCGGUUGUCGUUUAAGAUUACAUCUUCCAUUGGAUCCAAUAAGCGAAGAUCAUCGUUAAUUAGACCUCGAAAACCGACAUCGAGAAAAACAGAUAUAGGUUUAAAAUCUGCACUUAAUACUCCUUCGACGUCGAAGGUGCAGAUGGGCUGCGAACUGUGCCCGUCUACAUUUUCAACGCACAAGGACUUGUUUAAGCACAAAGUCGUGAAACAUGGUCUGGAAACUCCGGAUAAAACUGUCACGGCUAAAACACGUAAAAGCUUGUACAAACCUUUGAAUACACACGGCGGCAUUCCAGCCAACGAGCGGCUGAGGAAAGCCUACGCUGAGCUUAAACAGAAACUGGACUGUUCAGAGGAUGUAUAGUAUGUAAUUUUGUUUAUGAUUGAUUGUACAAUAGUAAUUUCUCGAAUUUAAAUAUAUUUAUAUAAUAUUUACUUACAUUUUUUAUAAAAUGAAUGAAAAAUUUUCAAA